UUAAAAUUUAAUAUGGAUUAAUAAACAGAGUAAGAUAAACUUGAAUCAAUAGCUACUCCAGGAGUAUUAGAUAAAUAUCAAAAUGCAGGUAAAAUAGUAAAUGGUAAUUUUUAAAAUUAAUUAAUGAUCAGUUGUUCUUGAAAAAGUGAUUGCUAAAUUAUAAGUAAAUGGUGAUAUAGCUUAAAUUUGUGCUUUUGGAGAUUCAGAGAUAAGUGGAGAACUAUAAAAAGUUUACAAUAAGAAAAAUAUAGAAAAAGGGUUGGCAUUUCCAACAACAAUUUCUGUGAAUUAAAUAUGCGGUCAUUAUUCUCCAUUGAAGAGUGAAACCAGUAAUUUAGUAAAGGGUGAUGUAGCUAAGAUGUAAUUUUAAUAAUAAAUAAAUAGUGAAUUGGGCGUACAUAUAGAUGGAUAUAUUGCAAUAGCUGCACACACAGUAGUAGUAGGAGAAGAUUAAGUCGAAGGUUAGAAGGCUGAUGUUAUAUUGGCUGCAUAUUAAUCAGUUUAAGCUCUUUAUAGAUCAAUUAAGCCAGGCACUACUAAUACAGCUUUAACUAAGCUUAUUUAAUAAAUUGCAGAUGAUCAUAAAUGUACUCCAUUAGAAGGAGUUUUAAGUCAUGAAGUUAAAAGACACUUUAUUGAUGGAAAUAAGGUUAUCAUUAAUAGAGAAACAUAAGAACAAAGAGUUGAUGAAGAAGAAAUCUAAGUUAAUGAUGUUUUUGUUUUAGAUGUUUAUAUUACAACAGGUGAUGGAAAGACUAAAGAGGUAAAUAUCAAUAUUUAUAUAUUCAUUUAGUCUGAUUUAAGAACUACUGUCUAUAAAAGAGCAUUAGAUAGAUAAUAUUAAUUAAAAACUAAACAUGGUAGAGCAUUUAUGCAAGAAGUUUAUGAAAAAUAUCCAUCUUUAUGUUUCUCAUUAAGAGCCUUCGAAGAUGAAAUUACAGCUAAAUUAGCUGUUUAAGAAUGUGCUAAACAUGAAUUAUUAAAUCCUUAUCCUAUUUUGAUAAGUCCAAAUAGUAUUGUUGCAUAAUUCACUAUUACUGUUGCUGUUCUUGCUAAUAGCACUAUCUAAAUUUCAGGAUUAAAAUUAGAUGAAACUAAAUUCAAGUCUGCACACGAUCUCAAUGAUCCUACACUCAAAGAAUUAUUGAAAGUAUUUUUAUCUUUUAUUCUUUAGUUACCUAUGGAUAAGGAUUCAUAAAAAAAAAGACAUUUAGAGCAAAAAUAAAAAGCUUGAUAAAGAU